AUGGCCGCUCAAAACUCGGCUGGUAUCCAAACACUCCUGGAUGCAGAGAGAGAGGCUCAGAAGAUUGUACAAACUGCCCGGGAAUACCGUACGAAGCGCAUAAAGGACGCAAAAUCAGAAGCCCAAAAAGAGAUUGAAGAAUAUAGACGGCAGAAAGAAGAGGAAUUCAAAAAAUUUGAAGCGGAACAUUCAAGUGGCAAUAAAAAAGCAGAAGACGACGCGAACAAAGACGCAGAAGCCAAGCUCCAGGAAAUCCACAACAUGGGUAAAGCUAAAGGGGACAAAGUUAUUGACGACCUAAUUCAUACUGUUUUGGACAUACAACCAGAGGUCCCAGAGAAACUCGCCGCAUAA